AUGAGCUUCGGUGGGUUCGAAAUGUCGGUGGUAAUGAUUGCGAUUUGGAAGCAAGGCAAGCAGUUUUAUUCCCCGUCCGGGACAGAGACCGGCAAGAAGGCGGUGGAGUCGAAGUCGAAGCGGAACCUGAAAAGGUCGGCCUCGCAGCGCACCAUGAAGAGUGUGCACAAGCUCACGCGCCAGUUCUCCGUGAGCGUCUACACACAGAAAGAUCUGGAGCUGAAGGGCGACGGCGCAGUGGCUGCUGUCGCGUACAGCCCCUGUUUUCUGAACGUCGCCCUUCUUGUCAUCGUACUCAACGCCCUGUGGAUGUUGGUCGACACGGAGUGGAACCAUGUCAACCUCAGAGGCUCCGACGGUCGACGUCCUCUUCAAGAUAUCAGUCCGGUGUUGGAGAACUGCUUCUGUAGCUUCUUCAGCAUCGAGAUUCUAAUUCGUCUUUUUGGGUUCAGACGCUGGCGUUUUAUGUUCAAGGAUGUGUGGUUUCUUUUUGACUUGCUGUUGGUUAUUUUGAUGAUACUGGAAACAUGGGUUCUGCCUUUGCUCAGUUUGGUCGACAGCAACCUGAACUCCGAUGCGCUUGAUAAUGUUGCCCUCAUCAGGCUGUUCCGCUUGCUCCGCCUGGGUCGCAUUUUCCGGAUGCUUCGAUUUCAUCCUGAGAUGAGACUGCUUGUGAAAAGUAUUGCACGUGCCAUGAAUGCAGUUUUCAACAUUCUCUUCUUGCUCGUCCUGGUGACUUACCUUUUCGCCAUCGUUUUCACAUCCCAGUUGGCCAAGCCUGGCACGGAGCGGAUCAAUGCAGACCUGUCUGAGGCCUCAGCAAAGCAACUCUUUGCUGAUAUUGUCUCUUCGAUGCUUUCCCUGUUCACACAUGGCGUGCUUGCAGACGAGCUGGCCUUCGCCUUUCUAGCCAUCAAGGAGGACAGCGUCCCACUCUUCUGGCUCUUCACGGUCUUCGUGGUGUUCUCCGGGAUCACGUUGCUCAACAUGCUCAUAGGAGUUCUCUGUCAGGUCGUGGAGGACAACUCACGCGAGCACGAGAAGCAAAAGAUUCUGGUGGAUCUCAAAUCGAGCUUGGAGGAGGCCUUUGAGGCCUUGGACACUUCCUUUGAUGGACUAGUCAGUGAAGAGGAGUUCCAGAAGAUGAAGACGGAUCCGGGUGUUAUGGAGAUCUUCUUUCGGCUGGGCAUGGAGGAAUCCGCCAUCAUCCAGAGAUUGGAUCACAUGCAGGAGACGAUCUUUGCCACCAAGCACGAGGAUCCAGACGAGUCCUGUAUUUCGCAUUCUGCAAGGCCUCCAAGCCUGUCCUUCGCUCAAUUUGCGGACCAGGUCGUCGAACUGCAAAUGAACACUGCUGCGGGGGUUCUGGAUGUUCAAAUGUUGGCAUCCAAGGUCCGUGCCGAAGAUCAUCAGAUCUUGACAACACUGAACCGCCUGGAGCCAGAUCUGCAUCGUUUGCUGGAAGAGCCUCUGGAGCCGCAGGAGGCCAAGACCAUGUCGUCCCUGGGGCUGCACACGCUGAACCUCACGGGAGAGGACUCGAUGCCGGUGAGGUUCCCGUCAACUCCACUGGGAUGUGUGGGAGAGGCUUCACAGGCGUCUCAGCAAGGGCCAAUGGGCCCGACGCCCGAAGAAGAGACCGUCCAUCUUCCUGGUGCGCUGGAGAGUCGCUCGGGCAGCCUCCAUGAAAGCGCUGCAAAGGCGUCCCGGAUGCCUGUGGUGGGCACGCCGGCAGAGGUGCCAGACGUCAAGGCCUUGGUGACGGAAGACUUCAAGCUGAGGGAGGACUGGCUUCAGGAGGCUUGGUCGAAAGACUUCCAUCCAGCAUUCCGUGCAGCAGCUACCGCAGGAACAAGCUGGGCUCAAGCUGAGAAGCUGAGCUCACUAGAAGCGGUUGGCUGGCUUCGGUUCGGUGUGAGGAAGCGGUUUGCAGCUGAUGUUGCAGAUAACGCGGUUGCUAAGGAAAAUCUGGGUGGCACAGAUAUAUUUGCUGCACGUGUUGCAGUUGUGCGGUCUACAGCUUGCGUCUUCGACAUGCCGAGAUUACGCGUCCUGAUGUUGAUGAACAACAGGAUUAGCCGAAUUGCCCCGGACUGCUUCGAUCCGAUUCCCAACAUUGUCAGCCUCGUGCUGACAGGCAACAAGCUGGAGAAGCUGGUAGACUUGGAGCCCAUCACGCAGCUCAAGAACUUGGAGCGCCUUAGCCUCAUGGAUAACCCGGUCACCAAGGUGAAGCAUUUUCGGCCUUACAUGAUCCACAAGAGCUCGAAGACGCUGAGGAUCCUAGACUUCAACCGCAUCAAGGACAAGGAGAGAAAGGCGGCGACGCUGCUCUUUGCAGGUGAGCGUGGAAAGAAGCUGCUGGAGGAGAUCGCUCCCCCGCGUGUGGCGGGCAAGGAGCCCACGGAGAAGGUGUCUGACGUCUCGAAGUCCGGUCCAUCUCCUGAAGUUAUCGAGCGCAUCAAGAAGGCCAUUGCGGAGGCCGAGACCAUCGAAGAGGUCACACGCCUCGAGAAGGCCUUGAAGAGUGGAGUCCUGCCCGACGACCUGAAGGAGCCAGGCACCGAGGGCCCGGAGCCGGCACCCAUGGAAGGAGGUCCGGCGCCAAUGGCGGAGGGAUAA